GCCAGUCAGUUCCGCUGUCGGAUGUGAAGUAAUUCUUAAGCUGUGAAAGAAUGAGAAUGAGCUUUGGGUUGACUUUCAGGGCAGCGAAAGGCUGCUGGAUGGUGAACCUCAGCCGGCAUUGCUCACGUGGCUCCAUUGGGUUAUUUGUGCCACCAAGUCCUCCUGCAGACCCUGCGAAGGUCAAAGAGUUACAGCGCUUCAUCACCCUUUCCAAGAGACUCCUAGUGAUGACCGGGGCAGGAAUCUCCACCGAGUCGGGGAUCCCAGACUACAGGUCAGAAAAGGUGGGACUUUAUGCCCGCACUGACCGGCGGCCCAUCCAGCAUGGGGAUUUUGUUCGGAGUGCCCCAGUCCGCCAGCGGUACUGGGCCAGAAACUUUGUGGGCUGGCCUCAGUUCUCCUCCCACCAGCCUAACCCCGCACACUGGACUCUGAGCAACUGGGAAAGACUCGGAAAGCUGUACUGGUUGGUGACCCAAAAUGUGGACGCCUUGCACACCAAGGCGGGGAGCCAGCGCCUGACAGAACUCCACGGAUGCAUGCACAGGGUCCUCUGCUUGGAUUGUGGUGAACAGACUUCCCGCAGGGUGCUGCAGGAGCGUUUUGAAAUCCUGAACCCCACCUGGAGUGCUGAGGCCCAUGGCGUGGCUCCUGAUGGAGAUGUCUUUCUCACUGAGGAGCAGGUACAGAGCUUUCGAGUCCCAUCCUGCGCUCGAUGUGGUGGCCCCCUGAAACCAGACGUCGUUUUCUUCGGGGACACGGUGAACCCUGACAAGGUGGACUUUGUGCACAGGCGGAUCAGAGAAGCCGACUCUCUCUUGGUGGUGGGAUCGUCCUUGCAGGUGUACUCUGGUUACAGGUUUAUCCUCACUGCACGGGAGAAGAAGCUACCAAUUGCAAUACUGAAUAUUGGGCCCACGCGGUCGGAUGACUUGGCGUGUCUGAAACUGGAUUCUCGUUGUGGGGAGCUGCUGCCUUUAAUAGACCCAUACUGACACAGUCUGACGUUCCUGAGCCAGAAGCUGGGACUUUCACUUGUGUCCUGCUGCUAACGAUCCCUAAGGAUUCAUCCCUUCUUCCUCUAACGAAUCGAAGCUGAGUGCAGCCUGCAGAGAGCAGCAAACCAACAUCUCUCUGCCAGCACAUCUCUGAACUGGGCAGGUUUCAAAGUCAAGGAGUUAAGAAUCUUCAGGCUGAUGAGAUUUUUCCCUGAAGAAAGACUUUUUUGAAGCAGCAGCUUCUCCUGAUAGGAAAACUGCUUCCGCUUCCUUUUUAUCUCACCAGGCAGAAUGGCCCAGGAACUAUGGAGGCCAGAAUGGUCUCUGGAGUGCUCGCCCAGGGAUUUCACUAAUGUAGAGGCUCAAGGGAGAAGGAAAUGACUUAAUUUACAAUUCCAAAUGGUUAAAUGUCUUUGACUGAACCGGUUUGAUAUAUUUUUUGAAAAGAUGAGAAUCCUAUGAAUGAAUUUAUUAACCAAAGAAUAAAGGGAUCAUUU